UUGCAUUUUGAAAUUGUCAGCCCCAUCGACCGAAGCGAUGCUUGCAGGUUUGGCAGAAAGACGGGACAUAUUGUGAUUACUCCUUUUUCAGCAGAUACAUUGUAGGCCUAUUUGGACAAACAACGAACACAAACUGUUAAACAGGGAUUUUCUUUUUGUCUUGAAGUAAUAGGCUAUAGGCCUAAACCUCGAUUCAAGAAAUGGAUUCGCAUAGGCCUAUAACAUUGAGACAAAGGUAUGUCUCGAACCCUAUACUUUUGUUCGCUCUUUGGCAAUUAUCACAUGCAGUGACUCAUUAUUCUAUGUCCGAAGAAUUAAAAGAAGGAUCCGUUGUUGCUAAUUUGGCCGCAGAUCUGGAAUUGGAUGUGGAAACGCUCAGUGAAAGGAAGAUGCGCCUGGAUAUUGUGGCGAACAAAAAAUAUUUUGACGUGAACAAAGAGACUGGCGAGCUGUAUAUUUUGGAGAAAAUCGACCGGGAACACAUCUGCCCAACCAAAACAUCUAUUCUGUGCUAUCUAAAACUAGAGGUUAUACUUGAGAAUCCCUUACGAAUGUUUAACAUAGAAUUGGAAAUUUUGGAUAUAAACGACAAUGCCCCUCAAUUCCGACGGGACGCAAUACAUUUAGACGUAGCAGAGUCAACGUCAGCAGGGGAACGGUUUUCCCUUAGUAAUGCAGUAGACCCCGAUAUUGGAACGAAUACAGUCAAAACGUACUAUUUAAGUGAGAGUGAACAUUUUAAUAUCGAAGUACAAACUGGGAGGGAUGGGUCAAAGUUUGCUGAAUUAAUCUUGAACAAGGCUUUGGACCGAGAGAAGCAGGCCGUUCAUCAUUUAGUUCUCAGCGCGGUUGACGGCGGUACACCGACCCGCUCCGGUACUGCCAGCGUGAUUGUUCAUGUCCUGGACAUUAACGACAACACUCCUACCUUCGACAAGGAGGAAUAUAACAUUAAGGUCAUGGAAAACUCUCCGAUUGGAAGCCUGGUCGUUCAACUGAAUGCAACAGACUUGGACGAGGGAUCAAACGCUGACAUAAAGUACUCGUAUAGUCUCUACACCUCAGAGAAAACGCAAGAAAUGUUUAAUAUAAAUCCAUCAAACGGAGAGCUUACUGUAAAAGGCAUGUUAAACUAUGAGGAUUUCAGGAUUUAUGAUAUGGAAAUCAUAGCCAUGGAUAAAGGGGCAAACGCUUUAUCAGGACAGUGCAAAAUAAGAAUUUUAGUAGACGACAUGAACGACAAUCACCCAGAAAUAUCUAUUAAAUCCUUUCAGAGUCCCAUCAAGGAGAAUGCUGAAUUAGGCACUGUAAUAGCAAUUGUAAGUAUUAGUGAUAAGGAUUCUGGUGAUAAUGGUCAAAUUGAUCUUUCAAUUCCAGCUAAUUUACCAUUUAGACUGAAAGAAUCAUCAGGCAAUCUCUUUGAGCUAGUUGUCUUUGAUUCACUAGACAGAGAAAAAGCUCCUGAAUAUGAAAUAACAUUUACAGUUCGAGACAGAGGUUCACCUCCAUUAUCUGAUAAUGAAACCAUGACCUUAGAGCUACUGGAUGUAAAUGAUAAUGUCCCCCAGUUUCCUCAGUCUUUCUAUACUAUUCGUGUGAUGGAGAAUAAUGCUCCUGGAGCCUUACUAGAUACUCUUACUGCUUACGACCCAGAUCUGCAUGAAAACCAGUAUCUAGUGUAUUUCAUCAUAGAGAGGGAGAUAGCCAACACCUCCAUGUCCAUGCUGUUCUCCAUCAGCCCAGAGAAUGGGAAACUCUAUGCUCUGAAGACGUUUGACCAUGAGAUUGAGAAGGAGUUUCUUUUCCACAUUGAGGCCAGAGACUCUGGUGUUCCUCCACUCAGUAGUAAUGUGACUGUCCACAUCAUUAUUGUGGACCAGAAUGACAACACUCCAGUCAUAGUAUCCCCAUGGCGCGCUCACGGCUCAGUGGUGGAGGAGAAGAUCCCCAGAUCCACCGACAAAGGCUCUCUGGUUUCCAAGGUGAUUGCUAUCGACGGCGACUCUGUGUUGAACUCAAGGAUUACCUACCAGUUUCUACAGGUGACGGACGCCACCUUGUUCAGUCUGGACCAGUACAACGGAGAGAUCCGGACCAUGAGAAUGUUCAGUUACAGAGAUCCCCGUCUCCAACGGCUUGUUGUGGUUGCCAAGGACAACGGAGAGCCCGCUCUCUCUGCUACCGUUACCAUCAAGCUGUCCACAGUGGAGACCGCGGUCAAGGCCUACUCAGACAUGAGCGAAGUGCCCCUGGAGUACGACAUCUUUUCAGACUUAAAUCUGUAUCUGGUCAUCGGCCUGGGCUCGGUGUCCUUCCUCUUGUUGAUCACCAUAUUGGUCACCAUCGUUCUCAAGUGUCAGAAACCCAAGUCCAGCAAAGCUGCUCCUCCCUGCAGGAACAGUGUGGUCAGUGAGAGGAACUCUUUUGCAGAUUCCACUCUGGUGUCCAACGAUGCCUACUGGUACAGCAUGUUUCUAGCGGAGACCAGGAAAGGGAAGCUGGUGGUUAGACAGCCAGCGCCAAAGGGCUCCAGGUACAUAGUGUCCAGUUUACCACGGAGCACUGGCCUCACAGAGACGAGCGGCUCAGCACCCUCCACGCUGCAGGUGAGGACCGCGGCAAACAAUUCAUGUGUUCAUCUGGUGAUUUCUAGCUUAUGUUCUGGCUCUUUAAACCAUUUCAUCCAUUUUGUUUUUAAAAUUUAUGAAUUUCAUUGAAUGGUAUUUAUCCAUCAUCGUGGUGGAAAUGCAAAACGCUUCAGUUUUAGUAAUUCAUAAUAAGUGGCACUAAAGGAAACGGCUCAGCACUGUUAAAUAUAUGCUGUACUAUUUAACAAACAAUUAUUUAUUGAUAUUCAUUAUUUCCGUUUACUUUGUUGUACGAAUUGAUGGGAAAUAGUAGCUCUUUCAACCAUUAUCUUCAUUUAAUUUGCACUGAAUUGCGGUCAUGCUUUAUCAUGACGUGUGCAUUCACAAUGCAACUUAAUUAUUUUUAAAUUUUAAAUAAAAUAUACCUGAAUUACAUACAUUUUACAAUA